GCUGGAUGCCAGCGAAAUCACUGCAGCAGCAUGGAGACGUGAGGAAACAGCGCCGCUGGGCAGGAGAGUCUUUUCAGCGCCUUUUUCUCUUACUGCAGCACAAUUACAAACUUUACCUCCUCUGCAUAUUUGAUCAAAGGCAAUGGAAGUCGUCCCUAGAUUUUUGUUCCUGCUGUGCGGUCUUUGCGUUCCUCUGGCGGCUGAUUGGGAGACUGUGGACGCAACUUUUACUGACCUCGGGGACGAAAUCGACUACAAGGAUCCAUGUAAAGCCGCUGCCUUUUUGGGAGACAUCGCACUGGAUGAAGACGACCUCCGCUUAUUCAAAGGAGCUGAUGAUGCACAGCACGCUGUCCAGAGCAACCACACAAACUCAGCUAACAGUUCCACUUCCAGUGAAAACAGAAGGAGUGAGAGGACUGCUGACAGACUGAGCCUCCGUCGACAGAGGAGAGCAGCCACCGCCAGACCUGAGCGAGUAUGGCCUGAUGGUAUCAUCCCCUAUGUGAUCAGCGGAAAUUUCAGUGGCAGUCAGCGAGCCAUUUUCCGUCAGGCAAUGCGUCACUGGGAGAAACACACUUGUGUAACGUUCACAGAGAGGGCGACUGAAGAAAGCUACAUUGUUUUCACUUACAGACCUUGUGGGUGUUGCUCCUAUGUGGGGAGGAGAGGUGGCGGCCCUCAGGCUAUCUCUAUAGGAAAAAACUGUGAUAAGUUUGGCAUCGUUGUGCAUGAACUCGGCCACGUGAUUGGCUUCUGGCAUGAACACACACGUCCAGACCGUGAUGAGCAUGUAAGCAUCAUCAGAGACAACAUUCAACAAGGGCAGGAGUAUAACUUCCUGAAGAUGGAACCAGGAGAGGUCGACUCACUGGGAGAGGUAUACGACUUUGGCAGCAUCAUGCAUUACGCAAGGAAUACAUUUUCCAGAGGCAUCUUCUUAGACACAAUCUUGCCCCGUUAUGAUGUCAAUGGAGUCAGGCCGUCUAUUGGGCAGAGGACCAAGCUCAGUAAAGGAGACAUUGCACAGGCCUGCAAACUCUACAAAUGCGCAAAGUGUGGGGAAAGUCUGCAGGACAGUUCUGGAAACUUCUCUUCCCCUGGUUUCCCCAAUGGAUACUCGGCAUACACCCACUGUGUCUGGAGGAUUUCUGUCACUCCUGGAGAGAAGAUUGUUCUCAAUUUUACGUCCAUGGACCUCUUCAGGAGUCACUUGUGCUGGUACGACCAUGUCGAAGUCCGGGACGGCUUCUGGAGGAAGGCUCCUCUAAAAGGGCGUUUUUGUGGAGACACACUUCCAGCUCAGAUUAUCUCGACCGACAGCCGACUGUGGAUUGAAUUCAGGAGCAGCAGCAGCUGGGUGGGCAAAGGAUUUUCAGCUAUUUAUGAAGCCAUCUGUGGAGGAGAGGUGAAGCGGGAGAGCGGCCAGAUCCAGUCGCCUAAUUAUCCCGAUGAAUACCAGUCCAACAAAGAGUGUGUGUGGAAAAUCACAGUGGCAGAGGGGUUUGAUGUUGGCCUCUCCUUUCAGUCAUUUGAGAUUGAGAAACACGACAGUUGUGCCUACGACUACGUGGAAGUGAGAGACGGCGCUUCAGAGAGCAGCCCGCUGCUCGGACGUUUCUGCGGGUACGACAAACCAGACGACAUCAAAAGCACCUCCAACCAGCUCUGGCUCAAGUUUGCAUCUGACGGAUCGGUCAACAAAGCUGGGUUUGCGGCCAACUUUUUUAAAGAGAUGGAUGAGUGCUCCAGACCUGACAAUGGUAAUUGCGAGCAGCGCUGUCUGAACACACUGGGUAGCUACAGAUGUGCUUGUGACCCGGGGUAUGAGCUGGCAGCUGACAAACACACCUGUGAGACAGCUGCCUGUGGUGGAUUCAUCACCAAGCUGAAUGGCUCCAUCACCACCCCCGGCUGGCCCAAAGAAUACCCACCCAACAAGAACUGUGUCUGGCAGCUAGUGGCACCCAUUCAGUAUCGCAUCACCCUGGUGUUUGAUGUGUUUGAAACCGAAGGGAAUGAUGUGUGUAAAUAUGACUUUGUGGAAGUGCGCAGUGGGUUGAGCUCAGACUCAAAGCUUCACGGCAAAUUCUGUGGAGCAGAGAAACCAGAGGUCAUCACCUCCCUGCAGAACAACAUGAGAAUUGAGUUUAAGUCUGAUAACACCGUCUCCAAGAGAGGCUUCAAGGCUCAUUUCUUCUCUGAUAUAGAUGAGUGCUCCAAAGGUAAUGGAGGCUGCCAGCAUGAAUGUGUAAACACCUUCGGGAGCUACAGCUGUCAGUGCCGCAGGGGCUUCAUGCUGCACGACAACAGGCAUGACUGCAAGGAAGCGGGAUGUGAUCAUGUGAUAAACAGUGUGUCCGGCACCAUCGCCAGCCCUAACUGGCCUGACAAAUAUCCCAGCAAGAAGGCCUGCACCUGGUCUCUUUCUACAACCCCGGGCCAUCGAAUCAAACUCAUUUUUAAUGAGGUCGACAUGGAGGCUCAUCUGGAGUGCGCUUAUGAUCAUCUGGAGAUUUAUGACGGAAGAGACAAUCGCGCCGCGACUCUGGGACGCUUUUGUGGCACCAAAAAGCCUUCUCCGGUCAUCUCCAGCGCCAACAAAAUGUUCCUGCGUUUCUUCUCCGACAACUCUGUGCAGAAGAGAGGGUUUGAGGCUUCGUACAGAGCAGAAUGUGGAGGAAGCUUUAAAGCAGAGGUCAAGACAAAAGAUCUGUACUCCCAUGCCCAGUUUGGAGAUAACAACUACCCUGGAGGCUCUGACUGUUUGUGGGUGGUAACUGCUGAGAAGGGUUACGGUGUCGAGAUCAUCUUCCAAGUGUUUGAAAUUGAAGAGGAGGCUGACUGCGGGUACGAUUAUGUGGAGCUAUAUGACGGCGCUGACACCAAGUCUCCCAGGCUGGGACGAUACUGCGGAUCUGGGGCCCCAGAGGACGUGUACUCAGCUGGAGACUCCAUUGUUCUAAAAUUUCACUCGGAUGACAGCAUCAAUAAAAAAGGCUUUCAUGUACGCUACACAAGCACAAAGUUCCAGGACACAUUACACGUAAGCAAGUGACUUUCCAAACCUUCCCCAAACCUAAAUGGAGACUUCACCCCUAGCAUUUGGUUGGUCACACCCAUUUCCUGGCGAGGAGUGAAUGCAUGGGUUGAUACCACAAACAACAGCCCAAACGCUUUACAUUGACUUCUGUUAGACAGACUGAAGCCAUGCAGAGACAUUACAUCUUCACUCUUCAUCAUCAUAUAGUCCUGUACCGUAACAGUUUGAAUGAUUUCAUAUAUAAAUAUACAAUCGCACCACUUGUAAUGAGCUGAUUGGAGCGCUGUUUUAAAAUGUAAAAUGUAUAUAUUGUGAUAAUAGUUUGCCUUUUUAUUUUAAUCAUAAUUUCCACUGUGUCACUUUUUUCUCUCUGAGGUUGAAACCUUCAUCACUUCUGUUGGAUGUAAUGCAGUUUCAUGUAUUAUAUUACUUGAUAAAUUAACUUAAUAUGUAUGGAAAUCAGCAAAACUGUAUUCUUGAAUCAUACCUAAUCUCUUAUUUAAGAUUAUAUUCUUAUCUGGCUUUGCUUUAAAUUAGUUUAGUUUUUGAGGUUGUAUGUCAGCCAUCCUCUACAGCGUCUUGUUGUUGCUUCACAGCAGUUAAGUUUUUUUUCACCCGAUCAAAAAUGAUUCCUUAAAAUCCUGGACUACAUGCUAAUUGGGAAGUUUUUCCUAUGCUGAACUUGGCAUAAAUGCAUGCAAAUUAUCACCUGCUGGGUGUGGUUACAGCUGCAUCAUCACUGAUGCUGAGCGUGCGGAGAGGACGCUAACGUCUUGGACAAAUGUUUGAUUUUUGUUGUGAACAAAGUUACGUUUAUGAAAGCUGAUGGUGAAUCAACCAACUAACUUUCUUUCCCAAUUUCAAAUUACUGAGAGAUGUGUGUACGUCUGCACCUUGAUGAGCCUUUUCAUGGUUUCUCAUCUAUGACUGCAAAGAUGUUUUCACAAGUAACAUCCAGCUUUGUUUGUAGUUUAGUAUGAAAAACCCUCUGCACACCUGUGCCAUGCCUGACAUCUUUUACAUCAAAAUCGAUUUCACAUAUUUUUCUCUUGGCUACAAUCUUUCUCUGCUUUGCUCUGAUUAUUUGGGACUUAAUGCCCCCCUUUUGUUUUCUGAGCCAGAUCUAAUCUCGCUAAUUGGGUGAACUGAGUGUAUUGCGGAGACACACAGUCACAUAAAAUUAAACCUACUUGAAAGAGCAAGAAACUGCAGUUCUUCGACCAGCCACUUGAAGCUGCAUCCAAAAGCAAGAAUCAUGUUUACAGCCUGGUAAUAAAUUGCUUUUGGCCUCUGUGCAUGGUUUCCCCCUUCAGCAUCACUGCAGGUGGGUGAAUCUUUUUAUAGCUAACUCAUCUAUCUGGAUACUGGAGUUAGGGAACCUCUAGCUGCUGUGUUAUUACUGUUGGAACCUGUUACAAAUAGACCUAGCAUGCCUUGAUGUGUGGUUUAGGCCACCCAAGAAGUGCUAAAAUUACUUAGAACUAAUUAGCAAAUAUAUGUGUGCAUUGCACAUGUACAAUUUAUGAAUCCAGUUUGUUAACCAAGCAUCCACCUACUAAUCCAAAUAUGACAUUCUUGCUCCAAAAAAGCAACAUGGCCAUUAACAUAACGAUAACAUUAUGGUUUCAAAAUGAAGCCUAAAGCAAAUGGGUAACCUGGCAGUGACAAUGGCCAUGUUUUAGUUAUUUAUUUAUUUAUUUAUUUUUUUUCAUUUUGUCCCCUCUGCACAAUCAAUCAUCAUUAAAGGGACAAUUUACAGUUUUUUGUUCCAGGCUGCAAACGUGUUCAUUUCAGUUCUUUGCUUGUGACCCCCUACUGUAAAACAUUUAUUCAUAGCGCUGCAAGUGGUUGAAUAAAUUAAUUAAUGAACUCUUAAGGGUACCAUAAGGUAGUCAUAGAAAGCAGAAUUAAGGAGUUUGAUCAUGGAGGUGUUCUGUUCAUUUUAAUACUGGAAAUAACACACUUGUGCAUAUAAUUACGGACAUCUUUUUACAUCUUUGGUGCCACACAUUUAGUGUAGCAGGCUUUUGAUCAAUAUGUGCAAAACUUUCUCAGUUACAAAAAUGUGCACACAGACAAAAA